UGGAUGAGGAAGCUCAGUCCUGCUGGUUUAAAUAGGACCCCAGGGUCUCCUUUAUAAGGGCUGGCUCGGAGGCCAGAGGCGAUGCAGGCGGCAGUUCAGUGCGGGGCCUCAGAGGCUUCUCACGACGUGCAGAUUGCGUGAGGGGCCUCUUGCAGAAAUGGCUGCUAGGCUCUGCUCCCCCAGCCCCCUGCUUAGCCAUCAGGAGCCCUUACUAGUCCUCGGGGUUCACACCCGAAAAGGGAAGACUCACAACAUUCUUACCCUUUACGCGAGUCAGGGAGAGCAAACAUUGGGGCUGGAUUGACCGCGCGCGGGUGAUCUGAUGUCGCCUGUUGACAUUUCCCAGAGGCAGGUGAGGAACAAAACAUGACAGAAACAGAUGCCUUCUACAGGAGUGAAAUGUUGGAUCCAGCAGAAAAGUACAAAAUGGACCACAAGAGGAGAGGACUCGCUUUAAUCUUCAACCAUGAGAGGUUCUUCUGGCACCUAACGCUGCCGGAAAGGCGAGGCACCAAUGCAGACAGAGACAAUCUUACGCGCAGGUUUUUAGACCUCGGAUUUGAAGUGAAAUGCUUUAACGAUCUGAAAGCAGAAGAGCUACUGCUCAAAAUUCACGAGGCAUCAACCUCUAGCCAUGUAGAUGCCGAUUGCUUUUUAUGCGUUUUCCUGAGUCAUGGCGAAGGCAAUCACAUUUACGCAUAUGAUGCCAAAAUUGAAAUUCAAACACUGACUGGCUUGUUCAAAGGAGACAAGUGUAAGAGCCUGGUUGGAAAACCCAAGAUAUUUAUCAUUCAGGCAUGUCGGGGAAACCAGCAUGACGUGCCAGUCAUUCCUUUGGAUGUUGUGGACCAUCCGGCAGACAAGCUGGAUGCCAAUGUCACCCAGGUGGAUGCGGCCUCUGUUUACACCCUCCCUGCGGGAGCAGACUUCCUCAUGUGCUACUCUGUUGCAGAAGGUUAUUAUUCUCAUCGGGAAACUGUGAAUGGCUCAUGGUACAUUCAAGAUUUGUGUGAGAUGCUGAGAAAAUUCGGCUCCUCCUUAGAGUUCACAGAACUCCUCACACUGGUGAACAGGAAAGUUUCUCUGCGCCGAGUGGACGUUUGCAAAGACCUAAGUGCAAUUGGAAAGAAGCAGGUCCCCUGCUUUGCCUCCAUGCUAACUAAAAAGCUGCAUUUUUUUCCAAAAUAGAAAUAAGGCUGCUGUUGUUUUUUUAAUCUAUUUGUAGUCUAAAUAGAUUUCUCUUUUUAUAUAAAUAAGUGUCACUAGAUUGAAGCUUAUGGUAAAGCAAUUUAAAAUUCUUUAAGGUUUAAUGAGAGAACUUUAAAAGAAAUAGUUCAUAUUGGACAUGGUGAAAGGGUUUGGUAGAUAGAGAAACUAAAUCCUAGGGAAUUACUAUAAAUAAAAGUCAACAAACAUUUGUAAUACUUGAUUUUUUUUUUUUAAGUUGCAGGGUUACUCAAAAUAUCUGGCUGAUUUAAGUUGUAUUUUGUGAAUUUUUAAAUAAAGUUUUAUAAUGUUUUUAAAGAUUUUGAAACCCAAGAAUAAUUCAUGUUUUUAUCAGAUUUUUCUAAUUCAUAUUUUAUUCAUUUAUAUAAUUUACUAGAGGCCCAGCGCGCAUGAAAUCGUGCGCAGUUGGGGUCCCUAGGCCUAGCCUGGCCGCCACCGUAUAGCCUCUGCCACCCUGCAACGCUAUGGGAAGCUCCCCACCCAGGACGCUCCACGAACACUGCGACUGCUUUGCGAGGCUCCCCCAGCCCCUCGACUGCUCUGCAAAGCUUGCUGCCGCCCUGCGAAGCUCGCCACUGGACGAAGCUCGCCACUGGACGCUCCACAAAACUCCCCCCUCCCCCUACCUGCAACGGCUCUGCGAAACUCCCCUGCUCCAUGACUGCUCCACAAAACUCCCCCGCCCACCACUGCUUCGCGAAACUUGCUGCUGUCCAGGUGACUGCUCCGCUAAGCUCACGGCCACCCUGCGAAGCAGCCGCCACCGCCUCUCCACAGUCCCCAGUCCCACCCCGCUGCCAGCCCCCACUCAUGGUGAGCAGCUCGGGGACCAGGGGAAGGAGGGGGACUGAGAGGUGCUCCAUGCCCUUCAUGGUGACCAGUCGCCUGUUCGGUCGUGACGGCACCUAGCUCUUUAUAUAUAUUAGGAUAGGCUUUAGUUGGUCAUAUAAAUUCAUCUACACAUGAAUUACCACUUUUCGCAUGACUUUUAACUCUCACUUAAAAUAAUCAGCCUUUAAGAACUAUUGCGUGGCAUUCUGAGGAAGAAUGUAAACAAUUCUUAGUUUAGGCAAAACACUUGCAGAACUUCAUUCUGUCAGCAUCUUCCGUGUUAAGUUACUAUCCAUUGUCCAGCAGUCAUCAUUCCCACUUACAGGCGAUCAUAUUAAUGGAAAAAUAGGUGUUCCGUUUAAGGCUCAGUUCUUCCUAAUCUGAUAUAUAAAAUUUGAGUAAUAUUGUUUUGUUAAUAACUUGCCAGAGGCUGAAGAUGGUUAAAUGUUUGGGCAUUUGGUAACCGAAACUUAUGACUUGCAGGUCAAAAAGUGUGCCAAUGUGGUGAGACAUUCAUGCCUUUUUUGUGGUCAUGAUAGGCUUUGCUGUCAGUUGAACAUCUUACUUUCCUUUAACUCCUUACCACAGGCAUAGCCAUUGCCACGUCUCUAUUUUUAAGAGCUGAUGACCCUGAAAACACUCCUGUGUUCAACUUAUGAACAUUGGCCUGGCCUUGUAGGCAGAGAUUGCACAGUUCUGGUUAUCUAAGAGAAAUUAGCUGUUAUUAAAAAGCUCUAAAAAAAGUUUCCCCUGCCCCCUUGAAUACGAUUAGUCUAAAGGGUUUAUUUUAAUAAAAUCCUCUUGUUCA